AUGAACGGCUACGGCUCCCCCUACCUGUACAUGGGCGGCCCGGUGUCGCAGCCGCCGCGGGCGCCCUUGCAGCGCACGCCCAAGUGCGCGCGCUGCCGCAACCACGGCGUGCUGUCCUGGCUCAAGGGCCACAAGCGCUACUGCCGCUUCAAGGACUGCACCUGCGAGAAGUGCAUCCUCAUCAUCGAGCGGCAGCGGGUCAUGGCCGCGCAGGUGGCGCUGCGCCGGCAGCAGGCCAACGAGAGCCUCGAGAGCCUCAUCCCGGACUCGCUGCGCGCCCUGCCGGGACCCCCGCCGCCGGGGGACGCCGCCGCCGCCCCGCCGCCGCCGCAGACCUCGCAGCCGUCCCAGCCGCCGCCGCCCCGGCCCGCCGCGGACUUGGCCGCCGCCGCCGCGCUGCGCUGGGCCUCGGAGCCGCAGCCCGGGGCGUUGCAGGCGCCCCUCGCCAAGCCAGAUCUGGCCGAGGAGCGGCUGGGGGACGGCGGCGGCUCGGCCGACAACGCCGAGAGCUUCAGCGACAAGGAGGCGGACCAGAGGAGCUCCCCGGACGUGGCCCCAAGCAAGGGCUGCUUCGGCCCGGAGAGCCCCGAGGUGGUGUCGGUGGACGAAGGCGGCUACGCGCUCGCGAAGAGCGGGGGCCCCCCCGGGAGCCGGCCCGGCAGCCCCAGGUGCGCCGCGGAGCAGAGCCACCUGCUGAUCGAGGGCCCCUCGGGGACCGUGUCCCUGCCCUUCAGCCUCAAGGCCAACCGGCCGCCCCUGGAGGUGCUGAAGAAGAUCUUCCCGGGCCAGAAGCCGGCGGUGCUGGAGCUCAUCCUCAAGGGCUGCGGGGGGGACCUGGUGGGCGCCGUGGAGGUCCUGCUGUCCAGCCGCUCGUCGGCGGCGGCGGCCUCCGAGCGGACCGCGGCCGAGCCCGAGGCGCUGGUGCUGCCCCCCAACGGGCACCUCUUCGAACACGGCCUGGGCUCCUACCCGCUCUCGUCCUCCAAGUGGUCCGUGGGCUCGGCCUUCAGGGUCCCGGACACGCUGCGCUUCUCGGCCGACUCGGCCAACGUGGUCCCCAGCCCGCUGGCCGUGCCCCUGCAGCACCCCUUCCCCCAGCCGCCCCGGUACCCGCUGAUGCUGAGGAAUACCUUGGCCAGGAACCAGUCGAGCCCUUUCCUGCCCAACGACGUGACCCUGUGGAACACCAUGACCUUGCAGCAGCAGUACCAGCUGAGGUCCCAGUACGUGGGCCCCUUCCCCGCCAACUCCGCCGGCGUCUUCCGGGGCUCCCCGGUCCUGCCCGCGCGCGCCCCCGAGGACCCCCGCAUCUCGCUCCCCGACGACGGCUGUCCCAUCGUGGCCAAGCAGCCGCUCUACGCCGAGGAGGACUAUGACGAGAGGUCCGACUCCUCAGACUCUAGAAUACUCAACACUUCCUCCUAAAGCGCACUGCUGGGGGGGGUGUGACCAGGUGACCUUUUUUUUUUUUUUUUCUGUGCAUUUGAAACCCCCCUCCUCCCCCUCCCCCCCUGCCCUCCCCCUGUGCGGGGAGAGAGGCCACCUCCUGUGCAUACCCUCUCUCCUUCUGUUUGACAAAGUGACUGUGCUCGAUGCUAUAUACCUUAGCAAUAAAAACAUAACUUAUUUAAUUUCUUGCACUUCAUUGGGAAAUGCCAAAUAGCUCUGCUCUGUGGCUUUAGUGCUGAAUGUGUAUUGUUAAAAGAGGGUCUGAUGCUAAGAAUAGUCUUGGGAAAGCCGGGGCCACCGAAGAUUGAUGUGGGAGGUGGGGGGUGGGGGGAGAUCUCUAAAGCUGAAGGUCAGCUUUUGCUCCUGCCUCAACUCAACCCGGAAUGUCCGAGAAAAUAGUAUACUUGAAUGCGGUUUUUGUAAAAGAGGAUGCCUCAGGAUUUGUAAAACCUAAAUAAAGCAAGUGGUUCGGUUGCAAAUGGACGAUACACAGGGACCUUAUAUUCUUACGCUAAAAAUCCUUCCUGCGUUUUAGAGAGAGACUGCACUUAAGAAUAGAGUGAACCGCUCACAUGCUUAUUUAAGCUUGGACAGUUUUCGGAGACAAACUCCCAUUAAGAAUUAUUCUUUUCACAUGGCUGAAUUGAAACAUGCAUAAUGUCAAUGUAAAGCCAAUCACAGCUGUGAACUGCAUGAAAUGUAUUGUGAAAUGAACACAAGAUUAAGCUUUGUCAGGUUAAUGUAGCAUGCUGAGGACUCUAGAAAAAAAAAAUAAACU